AUGUCCAGCAGUAAAGCUGUCGAAAAGUCUGCCAAGAAGUUGGUUCAAAAGUGUUUACCGUUCAAGUUGGUAAAUUCACCCGGCGACGAUGCAAAUUCCAAGUGUCGUAAACGGAAACUUAGUGGCACUGAAAAUGACGAAACACGAGUUGAAAAUCCCAAAGUUGAACUGCUCAAUGGAGGGACCAAGUGUUUUAUUAAAUCUGACGAUGAAGAUAAGAAAAAAACUGGGGACACAAGUGAUGAUGAUAUAGGUGCUAUAGAAUCUGUUAGUUCAGUUACUACUUUGUCGGACAACAAAAUUGAGAAGGUGUAUGAAGAGAAAAAUGAUGUGGAUACUUCAAAAUUUGAUGAAAGUAUCAAAGAUAUUGAUGAUACUAUUUCUACUUCAUCAGAUACAGAUAUUCCUUGUAACGAUACAUCAGUUAAUUCAACUUCCGAUACUGGAAAAUUAGAAAAUACUACACCACCUUCAAAGAAGAUAACUUCACUACAAAUAUUAAAAAAACAAGAAUCAGCAAAAAAAAAUAAAGAAAGACAAAGAAUUAAACAGGAAAAAUUAAAAGCUCGAGAAGAAAAACUCAAAGAACAAGCUGAAAAGCAACGUAUAAAAGAACAAAAAAGAAAUGCUGAAAUUGAAGCUAAACGACUACGUGAGUUAGAAAAAAAACAAAAAGAAGAAGAAAAAAAAGCCAAAGAGUUAGAAAAAGAACUAGAGAGAAAACAAAAAGAAGAGGAAAAGAAAGCUAAAGAUUUGGAGAGAGAAAAAGAAAAAAAGCAAAAAGAAGACGAAAGAAAAGCAAAAGAAUUAGAAAAACAAAAACAAAAAGAAAAAGAAGAAAUUGAAAAUAAAAAAAAAGAAAAGCUUAAAGCUGCUUUUGUUGGGUUUUUUAAACCAAAAAAUUUGAAUUUAGAUAUUUCUAAAAAGGACGAAGAGAUCAUUAGUCAAGAACUAGAAACUUAUUUCAUGCCUUUCCAAACUAAGCAAGACAUGAAAAUAGCACCAUUAUGUAGAGCAUAUUUAAAUAGUGAUAAAAAAAAAAUUGUAGAUAAAUGUAUUAGUCAUUGCGAACAAAAUAAAGACUUACUGUAUUUAAGUUUAUUAAAAACCAGGAAACACAAGCCUUCUAAGUCUGAUGCAACUUGGCCCAUUCAUGUUGAAGAUGAUACAGACGUCAUUAUCAUUGAAACUGGUUCAACAAAUGAUGAAGAUGUGAAUAAAGUUGGUACUACUCUUAAAAACAAUUCUCAAAAAUACCGUUGGAAACUGUUGCAGUUUGAUGAAAAUAAGCGUCCUCCCUAUUGGGGAACAUGGAGGAAAAAAAGCCUUAACGUAAAACCAAAGAGACCAUUUGCUUGUGAUAAAAUAAUGUUUGACUAUGAAAUUAAUUCUGACGAUGAGUGGGAAGAAGAAGAUCCUGGUGAGAGUAUACACGGUACAGAUAAUGAAGAAGAGCCUGAAGAUGAUUAUGAAGUUGAUAAUGAUGUUUUUGUUCCGCAUGGAUAUUUAAGCGAUGAAGAAGGUCAAGACAAUGAUAGCGAUACUGAAGAAGUACAGAAAGAAAAACUAAAGCUUCUAGGGGAAGAAUUUGAAGCUGAAAUCAAGAAAAAAACAGAACGUAUUAAGCCAAGGCUAGUUGGUUGUAUUUGGAUACCGAAUAAUGUUAUUAACCCCAAAAAUGUGAGUAAAUCUGUAGCUGACACAUUACUAAAAUAUCGUUGUGUUUGGGAUGAGGAAGAACCUAUUAUAACAAAAGCACAAAUCAAAGUAGAUUCACCUAAGGAUCUAACUGCUACUGAAAACAAAAAGACUAAAAUACUUCCUGAUUCAAUUAUUCCUGAUUUGAUUACAUUUAUACAUGGCAAUACAAUUGGUAUGAAAUUGGCUGUUAAGAAUUUUAUUGAUGAGCUGGUUAAAAAUGGCCGAAAUACUGAUGAUGAUAACUUUAUCUCUCAAUCAACCAUUAAGAAAACCAUAAAAUCUAUUGCAACAAAAUCAACUCAUGUUGCUCCAUGGUGUGUAAGUCAAGAGAACUUUAAAAAAUAUGGAGUUGAGUAUCCUACAAAUGUUGAAAAUGAAGUUCAAAAAUUAAAAUCUUCCGUUAAAAAAAUAACCAGUUUUAUGGCACCUCAAAAUCAAAAUGAAAAAACAAAAGCCAGUUUAUCCGAAAAGCCGUGUGGCGAAACGGAUCAAAAUGUGACUGAGUCUAAGAAAGAUGUUUUUAUCCCAAAAAAUCUUUUCAACAAUAAAGAGAGCACAAAACCACCAGUUGUGGACAUAAUUAAGGAAGGACAAAAAGUCAACAUUGUCGGAGGCAAAAAAAGAAUUACUCCUAUUCUUUUAUCACCAAAAAAAAAAUUUAAAUCAAUGGUAGACAGAAAAUUUAAAGAGAAAUCUUUGAGUCCUGACUUAGAAGAGGUCUGUGAAGACAUACCUGUCCCUAACAUUAAAACUGUAUGA